AAUAUUGUUAGAUAUUUGAUUCUAGAAAUGGAUCAGAAGUUGAUCUUGGUCUUCUUACUGUUCUCAGCUGUGUGUGGUGUAUCUCCAUACGUUCCUCAUCGGUAUCACUUUGUGAAUGAGAAUAAAACCUGGACUGAAGCUCAGAACUACUGCAGACAGACCUACACUGAUCUGGCCACCAUCAACAACAUGGAUGAGAUGAAGAAGCUGAACGAGACUCUGAAGGGUAAAGGUGGAGACUUUGUUUGGAUUGGUCUGAACAGAGGGGAUACUGGGAAAUGGCGGUGGUCUCAGCCAGAUGGAAAUUUCUACACUGUAGGAGAUAAAGACCAGAACUGGAGACGUGGAGAACCAAAUAAUCUUGGAGGGAAUGAGUUCUGUGCUGCGAUGAAUGAACAAGAUGGAAAGUGGUUUGAUGAAAACUGUGAGAGUAAACAUACUUUCAUAUGUUUUAAUGAUGAGCUGAUCUUGAUCCAGGAGAAUCUGAGCUGGAGAGAAGCUCUGAGAUACUGCAGAGAGAAUCAUGUGGACCUGGUCUCAGUUCACUCUGAGGAGAUCCAGCUCUGGGUGAAGGAUGUGGCUCAGAAAGCCUCCACUGAUCAUGUGUGGCUGGGUCUGCGUCACACCUGCACUCAGGGAUUCUGGUUCUGGACGAGUGGGUUUACCGUCUGCUAUGAUAACUGGGCUCCAGGUAACGGAACAGAAGGAGAAGACUGCAGUCCUGUAGAGAGAACCGGAGCAGUGCAGGCUAGAGGAGAUCAGCAGUGGGUCAGCCUGCCUGAGAACCAGACUCUCAACUUCAUCUGCAUGAAAUAUGAAGGUUAG